AUGGCGACCUCAUCUUCGAUAUCCGCUGCGACUAGUCCGGCGGCGGUGCAGUCAAGUUGUCCUAGAAGCCAAAAGCGCGGUCUUGUCUACGUUGCCUCCUCCGAGCACCCGGAGGACGAUCUCAUUUGGGCGCAAGAUUGCGCCAACAUCUCGUGGUAUUACAACUAUGGACACAUGCCGUCCAUUCCGUUCGCCAGCGAUAGUGGGAUUCUACGGAAGCGGCAGGCUGCCACCUCGAGUCCUAUCUUGUAUAUCCCUAUGCUUUGGGGAGACUUCCCGGGGAGUUUCCUCAGCGAUACUGUAGCCCGGAUACAGGCUGGGGAACGCGUGCCUUACGUACUUGGCUUCAACGAACCUGAUCUCGGUUUUGACGUUGGCGGGAGCAGCAUAACUCCGGCGCGAGCUGCAGAAGUGUGGGUCCAGCAACUUGAGCCACUGCGCGGUUACGGCGUCAGUCUCGGAGCACCCGCUGUCUCCGGGUCCCAAGGUGGAUUUGCCUGGCUCCGGGACUGGUUUGCGGCUUGUGCAGGAAGAUGCAACCCAGAUUUCUUGCCAGCUCACUACUAUGGCGACUUUAGUGGCCUAGCAGGUCAUCUCGGACAGAUCAAAGGCACCUAUCCGAAUUUGACUAUAUGGGUUACGGAAUUUGCAUACGCGCAUAGUUCGGCAAGGAAUAGUGAGAUUUUCUUGAACCAGACAUUGAAUUACUUCGACGUAACGCUACCGCCAUCGUAUGGUCUGACGCACUACUCCUACUUCGGUGGAUUUCGUAGUGAUGUCUCAAACGUGGGAGCUGGCGCUACCCUGCUCGAUGCCAACGGGAAACUCACCAACAUUGGCCGGAUCUAUCUGGGCCAGUUUGCAGAGGACACUUUCGAAAUCCAAUCCGCCACCACCGCAACGCCCACAACUGGUACCUCCAGCUUAGCCCUCACGAGCUCCUCGUCUGGAUCAUCCUCUAGUCUUGCGAUGCCUAGUCCUUCGCUCCUCUGUCCGCAGUCUAAUGGCACGUCCUAUCGAGUCAACGGCAUCGACUUCACCAUUCAAUGCUACGUCGAUCAUUAUGGAGGCAAUUAUCCGGGCUCACCUGUCGACGUCGAUAAUUUUGAAGAAUACCGCGCCUUGCUACCCCAAGAUAAGUCUUGGUGCUAUCACGCCAAAGAUGGAUGUCUGGGCCGCGAUUCGCUUAGAUAUCCCACCGCCUUCGUCAACUAUGGCCGGGUCGGGAACAACUUCUUCAGCGGUAGCACCGACGGUCGGGAGUUCCUCACCAUCGAUGAUGCCGUCUAUUUCUACCUCUUCAAUGAGGCCAAUAUCCAGCAGCACGCCAUCGAGCACGAUGAGGCCUAA